CCUCAGUUGACCAACGUAGUGAGUUCGUUUUCAGUAGUGAAGUAAAUAUUGUAGUUUUCGGUAUGGCUGCUCCCGCAGCUUGUACGCGUUUCAGUGAUAAUUAUGACCUCAAGGAGGAACUAGGAAAGGGUGCUUUCUCUGUGGUGCGAAGAUGUGUACAGAAGUCCACGGGUUUAGAGUUCGCUGCAAAGAUCAUCAACACCAAAAAGCUCUCUGCAAGAGACUUUCAAAAAUUGGAACGAGAAGCUCGCAUCUGCCGGAAACUGCAACAUCCCAAUAUUGUUCGGCUACAUGACAGCAUACAAGAAGAAAACUUCCACUAUCUUGUAUUUGAUUUAGUUACUGGAGGUGAGCUGUUUGAAGACAUUGUCGCGAGGGAGUUCUACAGUGAAGCAGAUGCAUCACACUGUAUUCAACAGAUCCUGGAGAGUGUGAAUCACUGCCAUCAAAAUGGAGUCGUACACAGGGAUCUCAAGCCCGAGAACCUGCUACUCGCCAGCAAGCAGAAAGGAGCCGCCGUGAAGCUCGCGGACUUUGGACUGGCGAUCGAAGUCCAAGGAGAGCAGCAGGCUUGGUUCGGUUUCGCUGGAACCCCGGGUUACCUGUCCCCAGAAGUAUUAAAGAAAGAGCCAUACGGAAAACCUGUUGACAUAUGGGCGUGUGGAGUGAUAUUGUAUAUUUUACUCGUUGGUUACCCGCCGUUCUGGGAUGAAGACCAGCAUCGACUGUAUGCACAAAUCAAAGCUGGUGCUUAUGACUACCCCUCGCCGGAAUGGGACACGGUGACCCCGGAAGCAAAGAAUCUCAUCAACCAGAUGCUGACCGUGAACCCUUCCAAAAGAAUCACUGCCUCAGAAGCCUUGAAGCACCCAUGGAUCUGCCAACGCGAACGUGUGGCGUCUGUUGUCCAUAGGCAAGAGACUGUGGACUGUUUGAAGAAGUUCAACGCUAGGCGUAAACUUAAGGGUGCUAUUCUCACGACGAUGCUUGCAACCCGCAAUUUUUCCAGUAAGUAUGAUGGACAUGGUCGAAGCAUCAUCACGAAGAAAAGCGACGGCUCGCAGGUGAAGGAGUCGACCGACAGCAGCACCACGCUAGAGGAUGACGACGUUAAAGACGACAAAGUUAAGGGCGGGGUAGACAGGAGCUCCACUGUCAUUGCUAAAGAGCCAGAAGGCGGAUCAAGUGCUGAAGAAAAUGGUUGCAAUUCAUUUGGUGAGUGCAGAAAGAGUUUAGAAGUCCCGAGCACGACACCUAGACGAGCAUGCCUUAACUUGCUUCAUAGCCAAUCAAAUUGCACCGAGGAAUCGGAAGGGGCUGUAGACUAUCAUCGCUUGCGCGCAGAAUCAGAUGAACUGGAUAUUGAGCUAAGGCUACUGUGCCCAAACAAGACUUGUUCUCAGCUCUCCACUAACUCCUAUGGCUCAGUGCGUAAGCAAGAAAUUAUUAAGAUGACUGAACAGCUGAUAGAAGCUAUAAACACUGGAGACUAUGAAGCAUACACGAAAAUUUGUGAUCCGCAUCUGACAGCGUUUGAGCCAGAGGCUCUAGGUAAUUUAGUCGAAGGAAUGGACUUUCACAAAUUUUACUUUGAUAAUGUAUUAGGUAAGAACUGCAAGUCGCUGAACACCACCAUACUGAACCCUCAUGUUCACCUGCUGGGCGACGACGCAGCUUGCAUCGCGUACGUUCGACUCACACAGUACAUGGACAAGCAGGGCCAGGCCCACACCCAGCAGUCGGAGGAGACGCGCGUGUGGCACAAGCGGGACAGCAAGUGGCAGAACGUCCACUUCCACCGCUCGGGAGCCACUUCAUCCCCAUUCGCAUUCCCCGCCCACAAGUAGACGUGGCCACUCGUCGCAACUUGUAUUCCUCUUUGACUUACCCGCUCGCACCAACCUCCAUUGAACAGACGGCUGCUGGGCCGAGCAGGACGGUCAGGGUGAUUCACCAGUAGGAUUGUAAAUAAACGAAGCUUUCCAACGGCUUAUUAUUUUUGAUUUGCCAUGCAGUCUUACCGAUCCACGUCAUAGUUUCAGUUUUUUUACAUUUCGAGUUAGGAUUCCAUAUAUAUCAUUUUAUGUAUUAAUUACCUACCUUUGUUUUAAUUUCUGAAAAGUUUUUACAUCACAUCUUUGGUGAACUUAUUUUAACAUUUGAUUUAGCUGUUGAAAUUUUAUUUGGGAAUCCGUUGUGAGAGAGGUGUAUUUAUUUACUGUUCGUUAAUUUGUGUGCGGGAGAUGUGGACCCGUUGGUACCGAGUACAGAGCAAUAUAUUUGAUUGUAACGUAGGAGGAAAGUGCUAAGGAUGGAUGACAAGAAGUAAGGAACCAGUGGUAGCAUGUGAUAGUGAGCGUUUUUAUGGAUUUGUCCUUUCCAGGAAUUAUUGUAGUUUGAGCUAGUGUCUUGUGAUAUUGCACGUGAUCAAAUUACUGUCAGACAGUAAUAUAAGUGCUUCAGUGGGUUGGUUGGUUAGUUGGUUGGUUAGUUGGUUGGUUGGUUGCUAAAGUAAUGAUCCUUGUAAUGAGAAAUAAUUUUCAGUGCAGCAAAUAUAAAUAGUAAUUCUUUUCAACAUCUUUUGUAAAUAAAAACAUGAUUAGAAGUUUUUAUAUCCCCCCCUGCCCUCCCCAACCAAAUUUAUUUUAGCAUAAUUAAUAACAGCAGUUUGUAUAAUAGUAUCUGCUCAGAAUUUUUUUAUGUAUAAUUUUUAUUUUGUUGUUAAUAGCUUGGAUUUAGUGCAAGAUUUUACUUGCAUAUUUUAACACUAAUACAUUUUUUUAUUUAUAAUUUUUUUAAUAUGGCUAGUAAUAAUUUAUUAUUUUUGUUAAAUCACUCACAGUUCAAGAACUUUUAUGCAGUAAUUUACAGUUGUUUGUAUGUGAUUUGGAUUUAUGUGUAAAAUAUCAUGAUACAGUCAGGUAUUUGUAGUUUUUAAGCAAGAACUAAUUAAAGUUUGAUCAUUGGCUGUCAACCAAAAGUAAUCACACUAUUCUACGACAGUUUAGUCGUUUUGAUUUCCGUGACUUAUUCGGAAGACGACAAGUGAACAAAAAUCAUUUGUGAGAGCCCUAAUGUCGUCUCUUUAAUGGAGUUUGGUGUAAAACUUUGCUUAUGCAUCUGCUGUAAAGUGUUGGUAGUUCCAAACAACUGUAAAGAAAAAUGUUCCAUCAUUUUUUGACAUAAUGGGUUUGUCUUCAAAGAAGUUGUUUCUAUAAUCAAAAUAAAUAAAAGUAUAAGCCUAUAGUGCUGCAGGUAAUUGUGUGUCACUAUUGUGGAUAGGUGGCCAGAAAUAAACAACUGGGAAAAUAUCUGCAUUUUGUCCAACUCUUGUGCAUCAUGUUGAGUGAUUUGUGAUUCGUUACCUCAACAAAAUAUUAUUUAAUUUCAAUGUGUUAAGUUAUUUUUUAAUACUGUGACCUAGGUGUAUUUUUAGAAAAAUUGAUUUUACUUAUCUGUUAUGUGGCAAAAAUUUUUUUAACUUCCUUCUACGAAAAUUUGUGUUAGUUUGAUGGAAAAUAUAAUAAUUGCAUACUAUCUACAUUAUGUCAGGUAUUGUCUGAGGUGUUUAACCAAGAUAAUAAACCACAUCACUGAAUUUUGUACCUAAUAAUAAUACACCCCAUGUGUUUUGUAAUUAUUUGUCAAAAUUCACUUAACAUAUGUUAAACUUGAGGUAUGGUUACUAUUCUAAAAAUGAAUUGUUACCAAUAAUUGCAAGUGGUUGUAGCAAAAAUAAUUUUUUUUUACUGCAGGUAAUACAUAAAUAACUAUACAAAUUGUGAUUGUUACUAUAAAAUGUUUUUAACACAGCCGUUAGUUUAGGAAAACAACUGAAUACUUAAUUUUUGUCACUUAAUUUUGUUUUCUGGCACUUUUUGUGCACUACAAUGACUGAACCAUAUUCUGUUUUGUAGGAUGGAACUAAAUGCCUCAAACUGAUGUGAGGACAUUACAGUUCUCAUUUAUCGCUGACAAUUCAGUCCAAACUUUACAUACUUGCUGUACCAUUUACAGAACUUGUCUAAACACUGUCUUAUAUUGUGCUCUUGUUACAAAGUGUGAUUUCAACUAAUACCAAGCUUUGUCAGUGUAACGCUGUAUUCAUAAAUUAUGUACACCUUUUUUUAAUUGAAUCUUGUAAUAUUAUCUACACUUAUUAAGAUUAUUAUUACUGUUAAUACAUUAUUGAAAGGGUGUGUGUGCAAUCAGAUUGCAUUUAGUGUUGUAGGUGUUCAAUGAUACAAAAUAAUAAUGUAAAUUCUUAAGCUGUAAUUAAUAACAAUCUCAGUCAUCUCUCUGUCCUUGUUAUCAGACCAGUUCCAUGAACUGAUCAAUUACCUUCAUUGUUUGGCCUAAUCAUCAUAAAUCAUCAUAAAUAUACUAUUAACAAUAAUUAGGAAAAUUUUCCUACUAGUGAUAAACUAUAUUAAAUACAUUUUAACAAAUGGAACAAAAUAAUUAUGAACUAUAAAAUCUCAGAAUGACAAGAUGUAUUUAUAAAUGCUAACUCUAGAAAAUAUUAAAGCAUCUCAUCUACAAGAUUUUCUUUUCCUUAGUGUUUUUUAGCCAUUCUUUAUACAUGCAUUAGACAUUUUUGGGAUAUGUCCUUAGGUGUUUCUCUCAGCUGUUGUACUAUGGCAAUUUUAAAACCCAGAACUCUUUUUUUAUAAGCUAAAUGUAUUGUAAGUAGUAUAAACUGUGUCUAAAGUAGUCUCAUUUGUCAACUUUUGUAAUUAUUGUGGAAUCCAUAAGGAAUGGAUUUAUAAAUAAUAUUACAUGCAUGUUUGCAGCAUAAAACUUCAGUUCAUCGUCAUGUAUGCUAAUCAUACAUAUGUAUUUCGGUUCUAUAUUUAUUCAAUCUCUCACAGUGUGAAAUAAAAGCAUGCUAAAA